UACCGCGUUUUGUUUUAUCAUCACCGUGCCGUAAUGAGAAGCGCAAGGGUCUUCUGUGGAUUCCCUUGAUUGACAGAUCGCUGCAAAAUAAUUACUUUUUUUUUGUUUUUUUGCGCAGUGGCAUUGUAGAAAAGAUGCAUUUGUGAUUUGUAUUUAUUUAUUUUUUGGUAGAAAGCAUCCGUUUCCGACUACAGCUAUGUCGUUUCUACUUCUGUGCCUUUUAUAAUUAGUUAAAGUUGCAUUUAACUUGCAUCUGCAUCGCAUUACACUGUUGUCCUGGGCUGUGGAGCUGGAGGAAGUAUGGGACUGCCUGCGUUAGAGUUCAGCGACUGCUAUGUGGACAGCCCUCAGUUCCGAGAGAGGCUGAAGUCUCAUGAACUGGAAUUAGAGAAGACCAAUAAGUUCAUCAAGGAGCUGAUUAAGGAUGGGAAAGCUUUAAUUCAAGCCCUGAAAAAUUUGUCCACUGCGAAGAGAAAGUUUGCAGAGUCACUGAACGAGUUUAAAUUCCAGUGCAUUGGCGAUGCAGAAACAGACGAUGAGAUAUGCAUUGCCAAAUCACUACAGGAGUUUGCUGGAGUCUUACGGAACCUGGAAGAUGAGAGGACACGAAUGAUUGAAAAUGCCAGUGAUGUGUUGAUCUUGCCACUGGAACGUUUCAGGAAGGAGCAGAUAGGAGCUGCAAAGGAAGCCAAAAAGAAAUAUGAUAAAGAGACGGAGAAGUACUGUACAGUGUUGGAGAAACACCUCAGUCUGUCUGCGAAGAAGAAGGAAGCACACCUUCAUGAAGCGGAUAACCAGGUGGACAUCGUGAGGCAUCACUUCUAUGAAGUCUCGCUGGAAUAUGUCUUCAAAGUGCAGGAAGUUCAGGAGAGGAAAAUGUUUGAGUUUGUGGAGCCGUUGCUGGCUUUUCUACAAGGUCUGUUUACAUAUUAUCAUCAUGGGUACGAACUGGCCAAAGACUUCAACCAUUUCAAGACAGACCUCACAAUCAGCAUUCAAAAUACGCGGAACCGGUUCGAGAGCACACGUUCAGAGGUGGAAUGUUUGAUGAAGAAGAUGAAGGAAAACCCGCACGAACAUAAGAGCAUCAGUCCACACACAAUAGAAGGAUACCUGUUUGUGCAAGAGAAACGUUCCUUCGUGUCCACAUGGGUGAAGUACUACUGCAUCUAUCACCGAGAGCCCAAACGCAUGACCAUGAUGCUAUUUGAUCAGAAGUCUGGGGCCAAAAAUGGAGAUGAGGAAAGCUUUACGCUCAAAUCUUGCACCAGAAGGAAAACGGACUCCAUCGAGAAAAGGUUCUGUUUUGACAUUGAAGCCGUGGACCGGCCUGGCAUGAUCACCAUGCAGGCGCAGUCAGAGGAAGACCGCAGACUCUGGAUGGAAGCCAUGGACGGAAGAGAACCGGUAUACACCCUGAAUCGUGACAGCCAGAAUGAAGCUAUGGCACAAUUAGAUGUCCUCGGCUUCAACAUUGUCAAAAAAUUCAUCUAUGCCAUAGAAACCAGAGGUAUUGAUGAACAGGGGCUAUACAGGAUCGUCGGUGUCAGCUCCAGAGUGCAGAAACUACUCAGCCUGGCCAUGGACCCCAAAACCUGUGCAGAUGUGGAGCUGAACAGCACAGAAUGGGAGAUCAAGACCAUCACCAGUGCAAUAAAGCACUACCUCAGGAUGCUGCCGGCCCCUCUCAUGACAUACCAGUACCAGAGGAGCUUCAUCAAAGCAGCCAUGGCCAGUCACCACCUGCAGAAUUUGAUGACGGUUGCUAACCUCGGCGUAGUGUUCGGCCCUACACUCUUGAGGCCUCAGGAAGAGACUGUCGCUGCAAUCAUGGACAUCAAGUUCCAGAACAUUGUGGUAGAAAUCCUAAUCGAGAACCACGAACGGAUUUUCAAAGACAUGCCAGUGUCUGGAGGAGGGCAGGGCAACUCCCAGCUCAACCUGCCCAGGCGGAGGAGUGCAGACAGCAACGCCCCGUCCUGCAGCGAGAGACCCCUCACUCUUUUCCACACCCCCUCAUUUUCAGAGAAAGACAAAGCAGUGGAGAAGAGGAACAGUGUGGUUGUAAACUCCAGUGCAGACUUGUCAUCAGUAAAUUGCAACAGCACACUCAGCUGGACUCGACUCGACAGCCUGCCCACUGGAGACGGAGACCACGAUGGGCUUCAGCUGCCCAAGCAGAGUCGGCCUAAUUCACUUCAAAAUCCAAAGGUUCGCAGCAGUACAUCGACAAGCCCGGCUUCACCCAGUCCCACCUCACCACGCUCCCCCUCGUGGCCGAUGUUCUCUGCCCCCUCCAGCCCCUCCAGCGAAACCUCCCCCGUCAGUCCUCCGCCACGAAAGGCACGUGCACGAUACGCCUGCAAGGCUGAACAUGACUCUGAGCUGUCCUUUAUCGCAGGCACCAUAUUCGAGAAUGUUCAUCCCUCAAGAGAGCCAGGCUGGCUGGAGGGCACUUUGGACGGGAAGAAGGGGUUAAUUCCGGAGAACUACGUGGAGUUUGUGUAGCUGGAAGUCAAUGAAAGCGGUGACACACAGAGCCCGCUUUUGAAACAACUGAACACUUCGACAGAAAAGCCGAGUUAGUAUGCCCGUGCGAUAGUACCUUUUUUUUGGCCGUCCCCUAGCGCGUCAUUGUUCCACGCAUCCCACAAUGCAUUGCCGCUGUUUAAGACAAAGUUCAACACAAGGUAAAAGGGAACAAAAAAACAACAACCCCGGGACCAAGUUGCUGCUGCUGCUAUCUCGGCCACAAUCAAGAAAUUGUGUAUUUAGGGGCUCAUUAUGAAUUUAUUUGUAUUACUAUUACAGCUUUUUUUUUUUUUAUAAAUAAUGCUUUUAUAUGUGAGCACUUCCCGGUUCACCAUGAUGUCAAAUGUGUGCUGUUUCUAUGCAGUCCGGGGCUUUUUGAAUGUCUUUUGUGUCCUUCAGGUCCUCGUAUCGGUUUUGUUUAGAACUACUAAGAGAUGACUGUUAAUUAUGGGAAAGAAAACUCUUGCACUCUUUUGUAUAUCAGGAAGCAUUUUAAAAAAAUAUUCAGAAUUUUUUUCCCUUCCUUUCUUAGCAUGUAAGUGGAAAAGUGUAAAUAAUUUCUUAAUGUGAAUUAACAUCGUAUGUAAACCACUCUUAUUUAAGCAUUAUCUCUGAUGAGAUUUGUGUUCUUUUGGAGUGUGUUAACAUUGUAAAUAAGUGACAAU